AUGACUGACAAGGCUGCCGACUGGGCUCUCCCUAUCAUAGGGACCAUCAUCAAGGGCAAGGGAAACCCCCCUACCACCAUCCCAGCCUUAACGGCCAAAUUCAAGGAGGCAUUUGCGGACCCAGAUGCCAAACAAGCCGCCGCUAGGAAGAUUGCCGCGCUCACUCAGACAACCACUACGUCUGAGUACGUUACCAAGUUCCGCAAUCUUAUGGCAGAACUUGAUUGGAACACUGAGGCGUACAUUGCCCAGUUUGUGCGCGGUCUUCACUGGAAGGUGAAGGAACUCCUGUCCACCAAGGACAAUAUCCCGGACAACAACCUUGAGGCUAUAUUUGCUGCCUCCGUCAAAAUAGACAACAUUUGUUGGGAAAAUGAGGAGAACCAACCCAAGAAAACCCCCGCUAAGUCCCCGGCUUCCACAGCCACCACUUCCACUACCACCACUCAACGGGUCCGCUUAUCAGAGGACCCUAACUACGUCACUCCAGAAGAAAGGGACCGCCGCCGCGCAUCUGGACUGUGCGUCAAAUGCGGCCAGAAGGGGCACGGAAUCAAGCAAUGCCCAAAUGGAUGGAAGGCAACCAUCAAAGAAACCGCCAAGCCCCUGGCCCCAAAAUUAGAUGUGCAUGUAUCAGAUUACAAAUUUGUAUCCUUGGCUCUAGAUUCCAAUAAAAAGCCUCUACUAUUUAUCAAUCUUGAACUACACGACUUCCCAACGGAACAACUCAGAACCCUCAUAGACUCAGGAGCCACAUCAAAUUUCAUCUCCCCCUCAAUUGUGGAAAAAUACAAAAUCCCAAAAACCCAGCUUGAAAAUCCACAAGUUGUGAGAAUGUUAGAUGGUACCAUUUCCCAGACUGGUCGCAUUUGGCACCAGGUUCAACUCGCAGUCUUGGCCCAUGGCCACACACACUCCAUCCCCUUCCUUGUUUGCCCAAUAGGCAACACCCCGGCAAUACUUGGCAUGACGUGGCUAACCCAGGAAUCACCUCUAAUAGACUGGUCUUUAGGCACCAUCACAUUCCCAGACCAAGUCCAAAUUGCCUCAGAGGAGGAAGCAGAUCCUGAUCCAUUAGCCGACUUACCCGCAGAAUACCACAAAUUUGCUCAAGUAUUUGGCAAAGAAGAAUUCAAGGUCCUUCCCCCCCAUAGGGAAUAUGAUAUUGCCAUUGACUUAAUCCCGGAUGCCAAACUUUCCCCUGGGCCCAUUUAUGGCAUGACCAACGCAGAAUCAAAAGCACUGAAACAGCAUAUUGACAAAGAAUUAGCAACGGGCAAGAUCCGCCCUAGCACUUCCUCAGCAGGUGCCCCGGUCAUGUUUGUGAAAAAAGCCAAUGGAUCCCUCUGCCUAGUUGUUGAUUACAGGAAGCUGAAUGACGUAACUCACAAGAACGUCUACCCACUGCCAAGACAAGAUGACCUCAUGGCCAAGUUAAGACGUGCCAAAUUAUUCACAAAACUUGACUUACGCUGGGGUUACAAUAAUGUGCGAAUCAAAGAAGGAGAUGAAUGGAAGACGGCCUUUAGGACCAAAUAUGGGCUCUUUGAAUAUCUAGUCAUGCCCUUUGGCCUUACAAAUGCUCCUGCCGCCUUCCAGCAUUUCAUGAAUGAUCUAUUCAGGGAUCUUAUCAACAUCACCAUGGUCAUCUAUUUGGACAACAUCUUGAUCUUUUCAGAAGACCCAGAAGAACACCCGGCCCAUGUAAGGGAAGUCCUAUCCAGGUUAAUGGCAAAUCAACUCUUCUGCAAACUCUUGAAGUGCCAUUUCCAUGUAACCACGGUCGAUUACUUAGGCAUUGUUAUCUCCCCCGCUGGGUUCUCAAUGGACCAGAAGAAAAUAGAAGCAGUAGUAACAUGGCCCACUCCCAAGACGGUCAAACAGGUUCAGGCUUUUCUAGGCUUUGUCAACUACCUAAGGCGUUUCAUUCCCAACUUUAGCACGGUUGCGCGUCCUCUCCACAACCUCACCAAAAAGGAUUCCCCCUGGUCAUGGAAUACUUUGGAAGAACAGGCCUUCCAGGAACUCAAGGCGUUGGUCACCAGGGCACCGGUUCUAAUCCACUCUAACCCCAACACGCCGUAUUUCCUAGAAACAGAUGCAUCCAGAGUAGCCAUGGGUGUUAAGAGUUGUAACUAG